AUGAAGAAUCCAUUUGACAGUGGCAGUGACGAUGAAGAUCCAUUUCUUAGUAAUCCACAAUCUGCACCAUCAAUGCCCUACGCAGCAUAUACUAGUGACAGAACAUCGCCCCGCAAGACAUACCAACCAUUGAAUUUUGACAGUGAGGACGAAGAUGCUAAAGAAAGCGAAUUUAUGGCUUUCCCACUGUCGACUAGUGGAUCUCCAUUUCACCAACAGCAAUCCCCAAGACAAUCACCUAAUAUUUUUUCCAGAAGUACUGCAAGAGCAGCAACCUCAAAGCUGAAUAUGAGCAUAUAUGAUAAUACCCCGAACUUACAAUUCAACAAAAGCGGCGCAGCCACACCAAGAGCACAAUUCACAUCGAAAGAAUCUCCGAAAAGACAAAAAACUACUGAAGUGACCAUUGACUUUGACAAUGAUGAUGAUAACAAUCACACCUUAGAAUUUGAAAAUGGGUCACCUCGUCGUUCAUUUCGUAGUAGUGCUAUAAGCAGCGAAAGAUUUUUGCCUCCUCCACAACCAAUUUUCUCUCGAGAAACAUUUGCUGAAGCCAACUCCCGUGAAGAAGAAAAAUCGGCAGAUCAAGAAACAUUAGAUGAAAAAUACGAUUAUGAUUCAUACCAGAAGGGUUAUGAGGAAGUAGAAACAUUGCAUUCGGAAGGUACAGCUUAUAGUGGCUCAUCUUAUUUGUCGGAUGAUGCCAGUCCUGAAACUACAGAUUACUUUGGAGCUUCAAUUGAUGGUAAUAUUAUGCACAACAUUAACAAUGGAUACGUACCAAAUAGAGAAAAAACCAUUACCAAAAGAAAAGUGAGAUUAGUUGGUGGCAAAGCAGGUAACUUGGUCUUGGAGAAUCCAGUUCCAACAGAGUUGAGAAAAGUGUUGACCAGAACCGAGUCUCCAUUUGGUGAGUUUACCAACAUGACAUACACAGCGUGCACUUCGCAGCCAGAUACUUUUUCUGCUGAAGGGUUCACCUUAAGAGCUGCCAAAUACGGCAGAGAAACUGAGAUUGUCAUUUGUAUAACCAUGUAUAAUGAGGACGAAGUUGCAUUUGCCAGAACUAUGCAUGGUGUGAUGAAAAAUAUCGCUCAUUUGUGCUCACGCCAUAAAUCCAAAAUAUGGGGCAAAGAUAGCUGGAAAAAAGUUCAAGUGAUAAUUGUUGCAGAUGGUAGAAAUAAAGUUCAACAAUCCGUUCUUGAAUUGCUUACGGCAACAGGCUGCUAUCAAGAAAAUUUGGCCAGGCCCUAUGUCAACAAUAGCAAAGUAAAUGCCCAUUUGUUUGAAUAUACCACUCAAAUAUCUAUCGAUGAGAACUUGAAAUUCAAAGGAGAUGAAAAAAACCUUGCACCAGUUCAAGUCUUGUUCUGUUUGAAAGAACUGAACCAAAAGAAAAUCAAUUCCCAUAGAUGGCUUUUUAAUGCCUUUUGUCCUGUCUUGGACCCCAAUGUUAUUGUUCUUUUAGAUGUGGGUACCAAACCCGAUAACCAUGCCAUUUAUAAUCUAUGGAAAGCAUUCGAUAGAGAUUCCAAUGUAGCAGGGGCUGCUGGUGAAAUUAAAGCGAUGAAAGGUAAAGGUUGGAUUAAUCUUACAAAUCCAUUAGUUGCGUCACAGAAUUUUGAGUAUAAAUUGUCCAAUAUUCUUGAUAAACCGUUGGAAUCACUUUUUGGAUACAUUUCUGUGUUACCAGGUGCAUUGUCUGCAUAUCGAUACAUUGCCUUGAAAAACCACGAUGAUGGUACAGGGCCAUUGGCUUCUUAUUUCAAAGGUGAAGAUUUACUCUGUUCACAUGACAAAGACAAAGAGAAUACCAAAGCUAACUUUUUCGAAGCAAAUAUGUACUUGGCUGAAGACAGAAUCCUUUGUUGGGAAUUGGUAUCAAAAAGAAAUGACAAUUGGGUUCUUAAAUUUGUUAAACUGGCAACCGGUGAAACUGAUGUUCCUGAAACAAUUGCAGAAUUUCUUUCGCAAAGACGAAGAUGGAUUAAUGGUGCCUUUUUUGCUGCUUUGUACUCCUUGUAUCACUUUAGAAAAAUAUGGACGACUGACCAUUCGUAUGCUAGAAAAUUUUGGCUACAUGUCGAAUUCAUUUAUCAAUUGGUAUCAUUAUUGUUUUCAUUUUUUUCUUUGAGUAAUUUCUAUUUAACAUUUUAUUUUUUGACAGGUUCAUUGGUGUCUUACAAAAGUCUUGGUAAAAAAGGUGGAUUUUGGAUUUUCACAUUAUUCAAUUAUCUCUGUAUCGGUGUUUUGACAUCUUUGUUCAUUGUCUCCAUUGGUAAUAGACCACAUGCAUCAAAGAAUAUUUUCAAAACAUUAAUCAUAUUGUUAACCAUAUGUGCAUUAUACGCAUUGGUGGUUGGAUUUGUGUUUGUUAUCAAUACUAUUGCUACUUUUGGAACCGGUGGAACAUCUACCUAUGUGCUCGUUAGUAUUGUGGUUUCAUUGUUGUCCACCUAUGGUCUUUAUACGUUAAUGUCCAUUUUGUACUUGGACCCAUGGCACAUGUUGACUUGUUCUGUACAAUACUUUUUGAUGAUUCCAUCGUACACUUGUACAUUACAAAUAUUUGCAUUUUGUAAUACUCACGAUGUCUCGUGGGGUACAAAAGGUGACAACAAUCCAAAAGAAGAUUUGAGUAAUCAGUACAUUAUUGAGAAAAAUGCCAGUGGAGAAUUUGAGGCUGUUAUUGUUGAUACAAAUAUCGAUGAAGAUUACCUUGAGACAUUAUAUAAUAUCAGGUCAAAGAGAUCAAACAAAAAAGUGGCUUUGGGCCAUUCUGAAAAGACGCCUCUUGAUGGUGAUGAUUAUGCAAAAGACGUUCGUACUAGAGUUGUGUUGUUUUGGAUGAUUGCAAAUUUGGUAUUUAUAAUGACCAUGGUACAAGUUUACGAGCCAGGUGAUACCGGAAGAAACAUUUAUUUGGCCUUUAUUUUGUGGGCAGUGGCAGUGUUGGCUCUUGUCAGAGCUAUUGGCUCUCUUGGAUACUUGAUACAAACAUAUGCACGGUUUUUUGUGGAAUCGAAGAGUAAAUGGAUGAAACGAGGAUAUACCGCGCCGAGUCACAAUCCAUUAAAUUAG